CCCAAACACAAACCAAAACAAAAACAACCAAUGGGGUCUCCAAUGGCCUCUUUAGUGGCAGCUUUGCUUGUCUUAACAAUCUCUCUCACCUUUGUAUCUCAAUCUACCGCUAACUAUUUCUAUUCUUCUCCACCACCGCCUGUUAAACACUAUUCUCCUCCGGUCAAACACUAUUCUCCUCCACCGGUUAAACACUACUCACCUCCACCGGUUUACCAUUCUCCACCCCCACCCAAGAAACACUACGUGUACAAGUCUCCCCCUCCUCCGGUUAAACACUACUCUCCCCCACCAGUUUAUCACUCUCCACCCCCACCAAAGAAACACUACGUGUACAAGUCACCUCCUCCUCCAGUCAAACACUACUCUCCCCCACCGGUUUAUCACUCUCCACCACCACCCAAGAAACACUACGUGUACAAAUCACCUCCUCCUCCGGUUAAGCACUACUCUCCCCCUCCAGUUUACCAUUCUCCACCACCACCAAAGAAACACUACGUCUACAAAUCUCCUCCUCCUCCGGUCAAACAUUACUCUCCUCCCCCAGUUUACCAUUCCCCACCACCACCAAAGAAACACUACGUCUACAAAUCACCACCUCCUCCGGUUAAGCACUACUCUCCCCCACCGGUUUAUCACUCUCCACCCCCACCCAAGAAACAUUACGUUUACAAGUCUCCUCCUCCUCCGGUGAAGCACUAUUCUCCCCCUCCAGUUUACCAUUCUCCACCCCCACCAAAGAAACACUACGUUUACAAAUCUCCACCACCACCGGUUAAGCACUACUCUCCUCCCCCAGUUUACCAUUCCCCACCCCCACCAAAGAAACACUACGUUUACAAAUCUCCACCACCACCAGUUAAACACUACUCUCCCCCUCCAGUUCAUCACUCUCCUCCACACCAUCCUUACCUCUACAAAUCCCCUCCACCACCAUACCACUAUUAGAAUUCUCUAUCACGGAGAACACGAUGUAUACAAGAAGACAAAGACAAGACGAAUCCAUUACUCGUGAUUGUAAUAAGAGAAAGAAAAGAUGAAAGAUAUAAUCCAAGCAGAGAAAGCUUUCUCAUCAUUUUCAAAGUGUUUUUAGAGUUUUAUUGUAAUAAACAUGUGUCUAUUGAUCAAUCAAUGGUAUAUGCAUGUAAUCAGUAGUCACACAUAUAUGUUUGUAAGAUUAAAUUACGUCUUGUUUCUUUCUGAUUUUUUAAUGUGCAAGUUUGCUUUGUCCCAAUUAAUAAAAGAGAGUUUCUUAGUUAAAA